CGAAAAUUUUUAUUUUCUCAGGCUCCUUUGUGACUUUGCCAAGCCCACCCUAACGGAAAACACCGAAGUAGGCUAAUAAUAAUUAUUUAUUCCACAUGGUGACCUCUGGUGUAUUGUCCUCUAGAAACUUCAAAACAGGGUGCUGAAAAAUUGUUGCCAUCCUGAACAGAGCUGAAAGUACACUAAAAUCUGAAAAAGUGUAGAAACAUUUAUUGAUUCGGAGUCCCAGUUAAGAGAUAGAGCGAUCAGUUCCGUGACAUCAUUUUGGCAUGAAAACAUGAAAAGACACAGCAUAUGAAAACACCAUAAAUAGUGCAGAAAGACAAGAAAAUUUCCAGUCAAAAUAGUGAAGGAGAAAGUGUAGAUGAAGGGAAACUGUAGUAUUCUAUUUUUAAAGCAGAGAAUAAUGAAUCCCCAUCAAGAUCAACCGGACCCUGAUGCCAUAAAAAUGUUUGUUGGACAGAUUCCACGAAAUUGGGAUGAAAACGAUCUGAAAACCAUGUUCGAAGAUUUCGGUCCCGUUUAUCAAAUCAACGUUUUAAGGGACAAAUUAACGGGACAAAGUCGAGGUUGUUGUUUUGUAACAUUUUACACCAGGAAAUCUGCGCUAGAAGCUCAAAAUGCCCUCCACAACAUCAAAACGUUACCUGGGCUUCAUCAUCCAAUUCAGAUGAAACCUGCUGAUAGUGAAAACAGGAAUGAAAGAAAAUUAUUUGUUGGCAUGUUAUCAAAGAAAUGUAAUGAAAAUGAUGUUCGUAUAAUGUUCUCACCAUUUGGAACUAUAGAAGAAUGUACAGUGUUACGUGAUGUUAAUGGGCAAAGCAAAGGCUGUGCAUUUGUGACUUAUGCUUCUCGACAGUGUGCUAUUAAUGCUAUCAAAGGAAUGAACCAUUCUCAGACUAUGGAGGGAUGUGGCAGUCCUCUUGUAGUUAAAUUUGCUGACACGCAGAAAGAAAAAGAUCAAAAAAGGCAACAACAGAUGAUGGCAAAUUUAUGGAACAUGACAAAUUGUGCUAACGUAGGUGCACUCAACCCUCAGUAUUUGACACAGGCUACACAGAAUAGUGCCUUUGGAAGUUUUAACAAUUUGUUACAAAUGUCUGGAGGUAUGAGCUCGUUCAAUAUACAGCAGCUUGCAGCAUUAGCAGCUGCCCAAGCCAGUAGCACUUCUUCAUCAUGUACAGGAUUUAAUUCUGUCGGUCUGACAGGACAGAAUGUAGGAUCAAGUCUUACAAUGUCUAACUCUGGAAAUAACUCUACAGAUAUAAGUGCAGCAAAUUUACAAAGUCUUGCAGCUUUAGCUAAUUUAGCAAAUAAUUCUGUAGGUAUAAAUCCCAUGAUGAUGCAGAACCUAGCCGCACUGGCUGCCGCUGGCAAUAGUAAUAAUUCGUCGGGAAUGGCAGGCCUCUCUGCAACAGGUAGCGUGUCGGGUAGCACCUCCAGUGCAAGUUCUCCCCACAGCGGAGUCGGAUCCAUCAGUCCGGUUUCCACCAUGUCCCUGGGCAUGACCACUAAUUCUCUGUCUUCGAUGGGAACAUUAACUAGCGUCAAUGGGUUGUGUAAUAUGGCAAAUUUAGCAGCUAACGGCGCAAGUUUGGAUGCCCUUAGCCAUGCGUACUCAGGGAUCCAGCAGUACUCAGCAUUACCAGGUACUUUCACUCAGGUUGGAUUACAGCAUUCUCCGGGAAAACAGUUAGAAGGUCCCGAAGGUGCAAAUCUUUUUAUCUAUCAUUUGCCUCAAGAAUUCACAGACAGUGAUCUGACUCAAACAUUUUUGCCGUUCGGCAACGUUAUUUCUGCUAAAGUUUUUAUUGACAAACAAACCAACCUCAGUAAAUGUUUUGGGUUUGUGAGUUACGAUAACCCAAUGAGUGCACAUGCUGCUAUACAGUCGAUGAAUGGGUUUCAGGUUGGCAUGAAGCGCCUUAAAGUACAGUUGAAACGCUCAAAAGAUUGCACUAAACCUUAUUGAACAGUAUAUGCUUAAUUCGAAAUUCUGUAUUUGCACAUCUGAUGACUGCCUUCUCGGUACACUACGUACAAUACACAUCACCUGCGUCCAUUGCCUAAAAAUCUCCUCCAGGAUGUUACCGUGGAACAUCAGAGUGUCGGCAAAGAAGAAAAGCUGACAUUUUGGGAAAAAAAGCUUAACCAUAUCUCUUCCAAUUUGUCUGAAAUGGUUGUAAAAAGGUAUUAAUUGUAGUGUUGUCCGUGUAACGUGGUUAUAUGCCUUCCUCCCCGGGACAGUUGAUACGUUUCACUAUGUACUUAUAUAUCAUUUAUCUUGGGAGAUGUGUUCGGGUGCUCAAAUUGUCUGUCACUCAGGGUUGCGAGUGCUCUAUGUAAUAUCUGGCCAGUUAAUUAUCGAAAGGAGCGAAGUAAUUUUGUGUUCGUGGCAUUCUGUUGUUCUAAGUAAUUGCUGGAGAUUAUUCUAGUUGUUAGCUACAAGCAGUAAAAAAUUUAGUAUCGGAAUUAUCGGUCGUGAUAAUUCUUUUAUCAGUGGCGAUACAACUGUUUAUAUACAAUGUCACAAUUGGACAAAUGUUUUAUCUAGUCCAAGUGGAAAUAUACUUACUGUAGUGUUUUCAAUACAACAGAAGCCAAAGAAGUUAUUAAAAAAAAAAGAUUGUAAUUAAAUAAUUACAGGAAAUUGCCUUAAAUGUGUGAAAAUUUAUACUUUUCAAUGUUAAAACCCUUUGAACGUCACUUUAAUUCGGCAUCGUCUUUUUCGUCAGGUUUACGUGGUCAUUUUUCAGCAGCUUCGAGUGACUAUAAUGUAGUGAAAAACAAUAUCAAAUUUAAAAUAAUAAUAAUAAAAAAAAAGAAAAAAAAUCCAUGCAGAGAUAUAUUUGUCUAAAUGUGGGUAGAUUUUUGUCUCUCUAAACUACAGAAUUUUGCAGAAAUCACAGUCGAUGGGUCGUUUUUUCCUGCCUGUGAUUGAUCAACUGCACAAAAUUCAUGUGUGCCAAAGGAUCUGUACAUGAGACUGUCGCUGGGUCACGUGAACAUAGCUGUAGUGUAUUGUACUAAGAAAAAAAAACAAUGCAUAUGUGUGUACUUAAAAAAACAAGGGAAUUUUUUUCUGGUGUUUGUUGAAUCUUGAUGUACUUGGUUUAUAAAGAAAAAAAAAUAGUUGCCGAAUGUAACAUGUUCCGUUGUUACGCCGUUCCAAUGUAGUGUUUGGUCAGUAUACAUGUAAUGUACUUUUCAAAUUGUGGCCAGAGGUUGUACUCUACAAAUUGUGUACACUGAACACGAUAACUUCUGGAUUGUCUCUUUCUGUAGUACAUUCGAUGAAAUGCGCUUUUUACCAUUAUUUUUAUAGAUGCAUACGAUAUAAUUCAUUCCACACAAAAGAAAAAAAAGAGGAGGAAAAAAAAAGACUUGUGUUAUUACAUCCCAUAGUAUACCUCAUUAAUGUGGAAGACACAUCAAAUUGUGUUAAAAAACAAAUAUCUUUUUCUCCUUUCUGGCUAAUCAUUGUUUUUGUUGUUCACGUUUUUAUCAUAAUCACACUACAUUUCGAAUGUUUUUUCAUAAAGUAGUAGUGUUUUUCGAAAUGAUUUGCGACAAUACAUCGGGUUCGACUCUGUUAGAUUUUUUGAUGUUAAUUUUUGUAGACGGCGUAGAAAAUCAAGGAGAGCAAAAAAUAAAAUGAUGACGAGGAUUCUGUCUUAAACAACAGAAAGUGUUCAGCAUGCUGGAAAUGCAAACAAAAGAAG